CGUCUAGGCUAACUGGCGACCUACACUCUCACUGUUUGGGUCCAAACCCCAGACCCUGGCUGGAUCCCCUCCAUCCCCAUCCUCUUUAAUUAGCCCAUCCUCUCAAUAAUAUAGUAACCCCUUCUAUAUCAGACUCUGGUCCUGCAUUCUUAGCUACUACUUGCCUUUGAUCUUCGGCUGAUGGGUACUUGACGUUUUAUGCUCCUGGGCCCAGGAUGAGGCGGAGCUUAGCUCCCAGCCAGCUGGCCAAGAGAAAACCGGAAGGCAGAUCCUCUGAUGAUGAAGACUGGCAGCCUGGGGCAGUUACUCCUAAGAAACGGAAAUCCAGCAGUGAGACUCAGAUCCAGGAGUGUUUCCUGUCUCCUUUUCGGAAACCUUUGAGUCAGUUAACCAAUCGACCACCCUGUCUGGACAGCAGUCAACAUGAAGCAUUUAUUCGAAGCAUUUUGUCAAAGCCUUUCAAAGUCCCCAUUCCAAAUUAUCAAGGUCCUCUGGGCUCUCGGGCAUUGGGCCUGAAAAGAGCUGGGGUCCGCCGGGCCCUCCAUGACCCCCUGGAAGAAGGUGCAUUGGUUCUGUAUGAGCCUCCCCUGCUGAGUGCCCAUGACCAGCUGAAGCUUGACAAGGAAAAGCUCCCUGUCCAUGUGGUUGUUGAUCCUAUUCUCAGUAAGAUUUUGCGGCCUCAUCAGAGAGAGGGAGUGAAGUUCCUGUGGGAAUGUGUCACCAGUCGGCGCAUCCCUGGCAGCCAUGGCUGCAUCAUGGCUGAUGAGAUGGGCCUGGGAAAGACGCUACAGUGCAUCACGUUGAUGUGGACACUUUUGCGCCAGAGUCCAGAGUGCAAGCCAGAAAUUGACAAGGCGGUGGUGGUGUCGCCCUCCAGCCUGGUGAAGAACUGGUAUAAUGAGGUUGGAAAAUGGCUUGGAGGGAGAAUCCAACCUCUGGCCAUUGAUGGAGGAUCUAAGGACGAGAUAGAUCGAAAACUGGAGGGAUUCAUGAACCAGCAUGGAGCCAGAGUGCCUUCUCCCAUCCUCAUCAUUUCCUAUGAGACCUUCCGCCUUCAUGUUGGAGUCCUCCAGAAAGGAAGUGUUGGUCUAGUCAUAUGUGAUGAGGGACACAGGCUCAAGAACUCUGAGAAUCAGACUUAUCAGGCCCUGGACAGCUUGAACACCAGCCGGCGGGUGCUCAUCUCUGGGACCCCCAUCCAGAAUGAUCUGCUUGAGUAUUUCAGCUUGGUACAUUUUGUUAAUUCAGGCAUCCUAGGGACUGCCCAUGAGUUCAAGAAGCACUUUGAGCUGCCAAUUUUGAAGGGUCGAGAUGCAGCCGCCAGUGAGGCAGACAGGCAGCUAGGAGAGGAGAGACUUCGGGAGCUCACCAGCGUUGUGAAUAGGUGCCUAAUACGGAGGACAUCUGAUAUCCUUUCUAAAUACCUGCCUGUGAAGAUUGAGCAGGUGGUUUGUUGUAGGCUAACACCCCUUCAGACUGAGUUAUACAAGAGAUUUCUGAGACAGGCCAAGCCAGCAGAAGAAUUGCUUGAGGGCAAGAUGAGUGUGUCUUCCCUUUCUUCCAUUACCUCGCUAAAGAAGCUUUGUAAUCAUCCAGCUCUAAUCUAUGACAAGUGUGUGGAAGAGGAGGCUGGCUUCGAGGGUACCUUGGACAUCUUCCCCCCUGGUUACAGCUCUAAGGCUCUACAGCCCCAGCUGUCGGGUAAGAUGCUGGUCCUUGAUUAUAUUCUGGCGGUGACCCGAAGCCGCAGCAGUGACAAAGUUGUGCUGGUGUCCAAUUACACCCAGACAUUGGAUCUCUUUGAGAAGCUCUGCCGGGCCCGAAGGUACUUAUAUGUCCGGCUGGAUGGCACGAUGUCCAUUAAGAAGCGAGCCAAGGUUGUAGAACGCUUCAAUAGUCCAUCGAGCCCUGACUUCGUCUUCAUGCUGAGCAGCAAAGCUGGAGGCUGUGGCCUCAAUCUCAUUGGGGCUAACCGGCUAGUCAUGUUUGACCCUGACUGGAACCCAGCCAAUGAUGAACAAGCCAUGGCCCGGGUCUGGCGUGAUGGUCAAAAGAAAACCUGCUAUAUCUACCGCCUGCUGUCUGCAGGAACCAUUGAGGAGAAGAUCUUCCAGCGUCAGAGCCACAAGAAGGCACUGAGCAGCUGUGUGGUGGAUGAGGAGCAAGAUGUAGAGCGGCACUUCUCUCUGGGCGAGCUGAAGGAGCUGUUUAUCCUGGAUGAGACUAGCCUCAGUGACACACAUGAUAGGUUGCACUGCCGCCGUUGUGUCAACAGCCGCCAGGUCUUUCCACCCCCUGAUGGUUCUGACUGCACUUCAGACCUGGCUCAGUGGAACCACUGCACUGAUAAGCGUGGGCUCCAGGAUGAGGUACUCCAGGCUGCCUGGGACGCUACCUCCACUGCCAUCACCUUCGUCUUCCACCAGCGUUCUCAUGAGGAGCAGCGGGGGCUCCACUGAUACCCAGCUGGUCUGGGUGUAGCUGUUAGAGGAAGGAAAUAGGGAAAGGGGGCUCCUUACUUCAUUCACAAGGCCCUACUGAAUUUUGUCCUCUGGGAGAAAAUCAUCAAAAAGGGCGGCAUGAUGUUUGCCCAAAAUUUAUUUUAUAAGAAAAACUUUUUUGGUUAAAAAAAAGAAAGGAAUAAAGGUAUGAAAGGG